UUAAAAGUGUUUGUUCACUAAAAAAAAAUCUUAAGAUAAAUUGAAAAAAAUUUUAUAUAAGGCAACAAAUAUGCAUGUUUACUACAAAUUCGGAUUAUUACUGAUUUUUAUACUCAGCAUAAGUAUUUGUUGUGUAUAUGGAGCGCCAUCUACAAAUCGAAGCUCAUCAUAUGAUGACGAAUAUGCUGAUUACUAUGACGACUACUAUGAUGAACCCGAACGUAAUACUCAUAAUUCUACAGAUAUGAAUAGACUGAAAUCAACAACUACAACUACUACUACUACAAAAAAACCAUUUCUAUUUAAUAAUAUAGAUUUACCAAAACGCAGCAAUCAUGUACUAGAACCAAAUUGUCCUAAAACUUGCCUCUGUUUGGAAGAUUACAAAUAUAUACAAUGUGCUAAUGGACGCUUAACACAUGUGCCAAAAGAUUUACCAAACACUGCUUUAAUUAUAGAUUUAAGUAAUAAUCGAAUCAAAGAAUUACUUCCAACUGAUUUCACUAACUGCACGAAAGUGCGAGAAAUUAAUCUAAAUUAUAAUGAAAUAGCAGAAGUUAAAAAAGAAGUUUUUGAAGGCUUGCGUCGUUUGCAACGCUUGCGCUUAGCUAACAAUCGUUUAACAGAGCUAAGUUCUGAUGCUUUUUCAGGCGCCUAUGACCUGAGCGCUUUGGACUUAAGCAAUAAUUCCAUAGUUCUAAAUAAUGAUGGCUCUUUUUUGAAUCAACCGGGAUUAUUAGAAUUAUCAUGCCGAAACUGUAGUUGGACGGAAUUAUACAAUGACACAUUCACAAAUCUCAGCACUUUAACUACACUGAAAUUGGAUCAUAAUGACUUUAAUCUGAAAAUCAAUACUAAAGCUUUCACUCCACUGCGAAAUCUUAUUAAGUUGAGGUUGCCGGAAUUGGAUCAACAGAGCGUACAGGAGCUCUGUAAUUUAUUGAAAUCUAUCGAUAAUAUAAGUUUUAAACAUUUUGAUAUAAGUUGUUUUGAACUUGUUUUGGGUUCUUCGUUUAAUGAGAGUUUAAUAUUAGCCACAGAUCCGCCGUAUAUAGCACCACCAGACUCGGACAACAAGCUAACAACAACAACUGCAGCUUCAGUGAAAAAGACAAAGCAACCACAAAAUAACAGAAGCGAAUAUAAUAUGACGAGCUCAAUUCUACAAACAAUUGACCUGACGAAUCUAACACAGUCUAGUGAAAACAACAGCGAUUCCAAUGAGCGGCCAAUUUUAACUGCUAACAUAUCACCAACAAAGACUGCUGUAAAUAAUGAGCAAGAAGAGAAAGCAUAUCAAGUUCCAAUUUCACAGGAAGCCAUAAAUAUUAUGUUGAUAAGUAUUAUGGUCAUCGCUUUAAUUGGACUAAUAAUUGGUGUUAUAUGCCGCACAGACGUUGGUGGUAUAAAAACCAAAUGUUGUCGCACACACAAACCAGAACCAAAGGAUCAGGUGCAUCCAACUGAGGAGAUACCACUUAAUAAGUUAUCUUAGUAAAAAAAAAUCUGCACUAAAUAUUAGUUAAGUAGUUUUAGUUAGGUUUAGGCAAACGAUGAACAAAAAUUCAAUUAAUUGUAUGAAAUGUUUAGAACUUUAUUCCAUAAAAAACUAAAACGCACCCAAAUGCACUUCGACAAAACUUAGUUUAAGUCAAUUAGGUUAUUUAAUUAGCAUUAUGUUUGAGAAUUACACUCAGCUAAAUACUAUUAAUUUAAAUUCAAUAUAAAAAAUUUAUUUCAGAAAUGUCAAAAAUCACAAGAUAGAAGAUUUUAUCGCUUAAAAUUUUAUUGUAAGCGUUCCUUAAGUUUAAGUUGCCUAGUCUUCGGCGUGCUUAGUUGUUCAAGCUGACAACAAAUAAAUUAUUGAAAAAGCA